AUGGCUAACCUCACGAAACUUGAGUUCGUUGCCCUUGAUAUUUCCGGCAAGAACUACCUGUCAUGGGUGCUAGAUGCUGAAAUUCAUCUAGAUGCUAUGGGUCUUGGAGACACCAUUAAAGAAAAAAAUAAAGCAUCCAACCAAGAAAAUGCCAAAGCCAUGUUAGUCAUGCGUCAUCACCUUGAUGAGGCCCUGAAGAUUGAAUAUCUUUCUAUUAAGGAUCCGCUCGUUUUAUGGAAAAACUUGAAAGAAAUGUAUGACCACCUAAAGGUGGUGCUCCACCCAAAAGCACGGCACGAAUGGAUCCAUCUAAGGCUACAAGAUUUCAAGUCAGUUAUGAAGUACAAUUCUGCGAUGUUCAUAAUUACUUCUAUGUUAAUACUGUGUAGAGAAACGAUUAGUGAUUCAGAUAUGCUGGAAAAGACAUUCUCCACCUUUCAUGCCUCGAAUGUGCUCCUGCAACAACAAUAUCGAGAGAAAGGUUUCACAAAGUAUCGUGAUCUGAUUGCUCAUCUUCUCGUGGCUGAACAAAACAACGAUUUGCUUAUGAAAAAACACGAGAACCGACCUACUAGCGCUACACCACUCCCUGAAGUGAAUGAGGUGUACGCCCACUACUCUAGGCGUGGAAAAGGGAAAAAGAAGGAUGAGAGUCAAGAAGUGCUAGAAGCACGUGGCUCAGAAAAUAAAUGCUAUCGAUGUGGUCGAAGUGGACACUGGGCACGUACUCGUCGUAUGGCAAGGCACUUGGUUGAGCUUUAUCGGCAUCAAUGA